AUGUGUUAAGUUUUGUGGAAAUUAACAAUUUAAGUUCAUCUAAACUAAUUUUUCUUCAUUUUUAGGUGGAGGCGUGCCGAUUAUACACUAAAUAUUCUUGUCGACCUGCAGAUGUAUCUCUCAUUCCAUUUCAUGUUGAAAAAGCUGUAAGAGAGAGUAUCUAUGGUCGGCCAGGUGCUUGCUACAUUGAUAUAACUGGUGAUAUCAUAUCUCAAGAAGCUGUUUCGGAUGAAAUAGAGUAUCCUCUACCUUGUCCUGAUCCACCUAUUUCUUUGGCAUCUCCCUCCAGUAUACGAGACAUGGCCAAUAUACUGAAAUCAACGAAACGACCCCUUGUGGUUAUAGGGAAAGGUGCAUCUUAUAGUCGAGCUGAAAGUCAAAUUCAAGAGCUUGUUGAGAAUCAUAAACUUCCAUUCUUACCAUCACCUAUGGGAAAGGGGGUUGUCCCAGACAGCAACCCCCUCUGCAUGUCUCCUGCUAGAUCAAA